AGAGACAAUAAAUUCCAUACUCCAUAGUCCAUAGAUAUGAUAAACUUGUGGGAAAAUGUGGGUGUGUAUGAAUCUGUGGAUGUUUAUGUGCGUCUUCUCGGAUUGUUUGCGGCGUGAGAGUAAAGUUCUUACGAAGCUUCAGGUGUUGUGAUAUGCUGUUACGUUUGUCAUGAACUGCGGCAACCACAGCUGAGCACUAUGGCAAAACUGGAGUGGAGGAGAAUAAUUCACUGGGGUCCACUGACGGCUUUAGGAAUUGUCAAAAUCAUUACUUUCAUGAUGGUACACUGCUGCAGUAUGUGGUGGCCACCAGCAGAGUCCAUUAGUGGCUUUAUUAACUUGGCAGUUUUCAUGCUAUUUAGUGGAUUGACAAUAUGUAAUUUCCUAAAUGCCAUUUUUGAUGGUCCAGGAUACCUACCACCAAACUGGCAACCAGAGAAUCCAGACGAUUCGGAAUACCUGCAGUUCUGUAAUGUGUGUCAUGGUUAUAAAGCUCCAAGAUCUCACCAUUGUGGGAAAUGUGGUCACUGUGUGAUGAAAAUGGAUCAUCACUGUCCAUGGAUCAACAAUUGUGUGGGACAUCGUAACCAUGGGUAUUUUACUGCCUUUUUAUUUUUUGCUGUAUGUGGCUGCUUGCAAGCAAGCAUUGAGCUGACAUGCUGUUUGUACAGAGCACUUAAUCGGGUUUGGUAUCUGUACUAUGGUAAUGGCACAGAACCAAUUGUUUACCUUGGAACAUCAAUGUUGGUACUGUGUGUAUUGGCCCUUGGACUUGCAAUUGGGGUUGUUUUGGCUGUCGGAAUGUUGCUUUGUUUCCAGCUCCGUGCAGUAUUCAGAAAUCGGACUGCCAUUGAAGAUUGGAUAAUGGAGAAAGCAAAACAUCGUCGUAAGGGCACAGAUGAAAUUUUCAUUUUCCCGUAUAACUUGGGAUGGAAACAUAAUUUUAGACAGGUGAUAAAUUGGUCGCUGGUUCCUGCCGGUGAUGGUGUCUUCUGGCCUGUAGCAGAUGGGUGCAAUCAGUUCACUCUGACUAUGGAGCAAAAAGAACAAAAGGCUGAAAAACGCAGUCAGUCUCGAACAUACAUAGUUAGAGACAGUUACUGUGGUUCAUGGGUUCCUGUAUCCAAAGGGUGGCGCAUAUUAUUUUAUGCUCCUUGUACAGAUGAACAUCGUCUUCCUCUUGAUCAAGGCGAUGUUGUAUUAGUUACAAGAUGGAGAAGAUACUGGCUGUUUGGUGAAAAACAGAAAGGGGCCAAGGUAGUUGGACAUCGAGGAUGGUUCCCCCGAUGUUGUGUUGUUGAAUUGGCUGAAGCAAUACCAAAUGAUUUUGAUAAGAAUAAAUAAGUAGCACAUUCCAGAAAAUGUAUGAUACUUUUAAAGCAUUGGUAAUAUCAUUGUGAGGUACUAUGCCUUUUCUCCCUCCUCCCCCCCCCCCCCUCCCCGCCCACCAUAUUUAUUUUUCCCUCUUCCUUCUUCUUCUUCUUCUUCUGCCCCUUCACCACUCUCAUUCUCACUUUGUUAUGUGGCAUCCGUAUAUCAGUGGAGAGCUCCUGAAUUAACAAUAAAUGAAGAUUUCAUAGUAAUUCUGUUUCAGCUGUCUUUGGUGGUUGAAACAAACACCUUGAAACUCAAAAUGAAAACCAUAUGUUGUAACAAGUACUAAUAAUAAAUAGACAGUGCUGACUUGAAACUAUUGAUUUUUUCCCUACAUCUUUUUUGUUCCUUAUUAUUGUGGUCCUGUCUUCCUGUUCACAUUGCUUACCUGUCCUCUUUGUUCGCUCUCAUCUUUUUUUUGUUUUUCUUUUUAGCCGUAUAAUCAUAUUUUUGCACUAUCUGCAUCUCCUUUCCCCUGGAGUUAUUGAUCUGUCUGUUGCCCUGAACUUCUGAACAUAAGUUCUCCUUGUCCCUCCAUUUACGCAAUUUCAUGAUAUCUUAUUAUUUUGCCGAAUAUCUAGUGUUAGCUGCUUGAGGUUCAAAUUGUGUAUUCCUUCUUGCUCUCGGUUCAGCUCUUUGUCUUUUUUUAAACCAAAGUCCUAUCAACUUUUUUCAUCCCUCUGGUUCCUUCUUUACAUUGCCUUUACACCUGCCUUAAAAGGUACAAAAACUUGCAAUUACAGUAAGUACCGCCAUUUAUUUAUCGGUUGCCACAAGUCAUAUAACAGUUUGACUGGUAAAAGUACCAGUGGAUAUUGUGCAUUGCUUCCAUUUCCACAUAUAAUAAAAAUGUUAAGAGAGAUCUUUCCAGUUGACUGAUAGAAAAGUGAUUUCCUAGACAUCUUAUUGUUUGUGAAUUGAUCUCAACCUUAAAUGUUUUUGUUAUUGUGUAUGUUUUUAUACAUUUCAUGGACCAGAUUUGUUAUAUUAUAAUGUUUUUAUUACAUAGUUAUGAAUAUGUAUUAACAAAUUAGUAAUUGUUGUUUAAAAGCACAGUGUUUCAGUUGUUCAACAUUUUUCAUGUCUUUCACAUAUAACAUGCUUUUGCAUGUGGUGACUUUUUGUUGUGAAUUGUGUGCACAUGUUAAUAAUGAUAUUUUUAUUCAUUGUGUAAGCUGGAGGGGUACCCUUUAGUUUAACAGUGCUGGUAAUCAGUUAAGAAACAUAUGGUGUAUGCUGCAGCCUUUAGAUAUCUAAGCGCGUUUGUUUUAGAUGUAUAUAUGAAUUUAUCCUUGCAGUUUUAAUUAUUUUAUACUGCUUAUUUGAUGCAUUCAGUGCAAUUAAUUGAAAUUGUUCCGAAAGAACUGAUUCCAUUGUACAUUGCCCUAUGUGAAUUAUCACAGAUUCAUUUUUAUGUGUCUUUAGAAAGUUUGUAAAUUGCUUUUUUUUUUCACAAAAAGGCUUUAGCGUAAUUAUCACUUAACCUCAAUAAAAUUAUU